GAACAAUCUGUACAGCAGAGUCGUCUUCUUCACUCACACCUUCCUCUUCCUCUCUCUCCUCAACACUCACACUAAAAUCACAAAACUCGAGCAGAAAAAAUGGUGGCAGCUGCAAUUUCACCCUAUUUCACCUGCUCUCCAAUUUCUUCUCAAUCCACCAAAACCUCUCCAUUUCCAUUUCUCUACCAAAACAGAAGCUCAAAAAAAUCGAUUGUCUCUGUACUAUCCAGUCCCUCCAGCAAUUAUUCUUCUCUUUCUGGAUUAUCAAGUAAAAGCAUUGGUCUACCUUUAAAGCCCGACCAGUUUGGCCAACAUAAUACGACUCUAAGCAAUGGGCCUAUUGAAGCAAGAAAGGGUAACCCACCUGUAAUGCCAGCUGUGAUGACACCAGCAGGGCCCUUUGACCUUUCUAGCGUAUUAUUCAGGAAUCGGAUCAUAUUUAUUGGGCAACCAGUGAAUUCUCAGGUGGCUCAACGUGUUAUAUCUCAGCUCGUAACUUUGGCAACUAUUGAUGAAAACUCAGACAUACUGAUUUAUUUGAACUGCCCAGGUGGAAGCACAUAUUCCGUAUUAGCGAUUUAUGACUGCAUGGCUUGGAUAAAGCCAAAAGUUGGGACAGUUUGUUUUGGUGUAGCUGCAAGUCAAGGUGCGCUUCUCCUUGCCGGUGGAGAAAAGGGGAUGCGUUAUGCAAUGCCGAAUUCACGCGUUAUGAUCCAUCAACCUCAGAGUGGAUGUGGGGGUCACGUUGAGGAUGUCAGGCGUCAAGUGAAUGAAGCGGUUCAGUCUCGCCAUAAAAUUGACCAAAUGUAUGCUGCAUUCACUGGUCAAUCACUUGAGAAAGUACAGCAAUACACGGAGAGAGAUCGUUUCUUAUCCGUCACAGAGGCCAUGGAGUUUGGUCUUAUAGAUGGCAUUUUAGAAACCGAGUAUUGAGGAUGCUGCAUUUGACGUGGUGGGAUCAUUUCAUGGAUGCGACUUUCAUUGCUGUUGUACCAGUAGUAUAGCACACAAAUUAUCAGACACUAAUUUUGAUAUAUUUCGUAUUGCAAUCUCAGCUUAACUAAUUAAGUUACGACACUGUAUUUUUUUAUUUUGGGUUCUACUACGAGGAGUUCCCACCGCCUUCGGCGAGUGGACUAAUCUCCCGCGGGAGUUUGCAUAAGAUACGUCACUGUAAUAGUAAGGUUUAUGGUUGUUGUCCUUGUAUAUUUUCAAAGGGGAAAUUGAUUUGAUUGGUUA